AUGUCUUCUCGGAGAGUCAAAGGGAUGGUGCAUCCAGUCUCCAUGGUAGUAGUGGCAGGGUCUGAGUUUGAUCAGCAUCUUCAGAGGCUGGUUUUAUUUAAGCAAGAUACUGCACUAAUUUCUCUACCUUCCAAGGAAAUUAGAAACCAAACCAGCGUCUCUGACUUCCUCUUUCUGGGCUUUUCUGAGCAGCCAGAACAUCAGUUUCUCCUGUUUGGGCUCUUCCUGGGUAUGUACCUUGUCACCAUGCUGGGGAACCUGCUCAUCAUCUUGGUCAUCAGUUCUGACUCUCACCUCCACACCCCCAUGUACUUCUUCUUGGCCAACUUAUCCUUCAUUGAUACCUGCUUCACCUGCACCAUUGUCCCCAAGGUGCUAGUGAAUAUCCAGACACAACAUUAUACCAUCUCCUACACUGGGUGUCUGAUGCAGAUGUACUUCUUCAUGGUGUUCGCUCUGCUGGAUGACUUUCUGCUGGCCAUGAUGUCAUAUGACCGCUAUGUUGCCAUUUGCCUUCCUCUUCACUACGCUACAGUCAUGUGACCGCAGUGGUGCCUGCUACUGGUAGCUGUAUCCUGGCUCUGCUCCCACCUCCUGGCAUUCUCACUUAUUUUCCUGAUGUCUCAAUUCUCCUUCUGUGCCUCCCAUUCCAUCUCACACUUUUUCUGUGAUCUUCUUCCACUCCUCAAGCUUGCCUGUUCUGACACCCAUAUCAUUCAGGUUAUGAUGUUCAUUGAAGCAGCCCUCUCAGGUGUGGCUCCACUCAUCUGUGUCCUGACAUCUUAUGCUCACAUCAUCCACACCAUCUUCAAGGUCCCCUCUGCUGGGGGGAAGCAAAAAAUCUUCUCUACCUGUGGCUCUCACCUAACAGUGGUCACUCUCUUCUUUGGAACUCUCUUUCUGGUCUAUUUUCAGCCAUCAUCUUCCUACUCACCAAAUAUUGGAAUAGUGGCAUCUGUGAUGUACACCAUGGUCACCCCCAUGUUGAAUCCUUUUAUCUACAGCCUGAGGAAUAAGGACAUGAAGAAGGCUUUAUGGAGAGUCCUUGGCUGUGGAAAAUGCUCUACCCCAUAA